AUGACUCGGUCAAUUGGACGUAUACUUCGUAGGUCUGGGUUCAUGUGUGCGGUGGAAUUUGUAGUUGAUUCUGUCCGAUACCAUGAGUGCACAUGCACAAUUUACCCACAUGUUUUUCCUUUCUCAAGUUUUUCUGCAUACUGUUUAAGGGGGCUUGGCAAAUGUUUGGAGUGCAUUGGUGGCGAAGCCAUGCAUGCAAUUCAUCAUCUUUAUCAAAAUUUGCAAUCUGCAGCUGAGAAGUGCAGGGAACUUGUCGGAAAGGAGGCUGCAUCAAAGAGUGGGGAGUUCACACUCAUGAACUGUUUUGAUAUGGGGUCAGGCAGCCUUGCAUGCGCGGGGAAGGAGGGGGUGAAGCUGUAUGUGAACAACCUCCGAAGCGCACACAUGGAAAACGUGCGGCAGCGAGCCAUCGAGAAAGCGUUGGCUGAUGCUGUGAUAGAAGGCCUGAGUCCCGCUGAGGCAGCCAAGCAAGCUCAGAAGGUCGGGGCAAAAGCGACGAAGGUGGCCGCUCGUCAAGCGAAGAGGAUAUUGGGACCGAUAAUUUCCUCUGGCUGGGACUUCUUCGAGGCAAUGUACUUUGGCGGAAGCAUGACUGAAGGAUUUCUACGGGGCACGGGCACCUUAUUCGGAACCUAUGCGGGUGGUUUCCAUGGCGAGGAGAGGCUGGGAAAGCUUGGCUAUCUCGUUGGAAGCCAGCUAGGCAGCUGGGUUGGGGGAAGAAUCGGACUGAUGGUUUACGAUGUCAUCAACGGGUUGAACUACAUGCUUGAGUUUGUCCGUCCAGAGGAGUACCGAUCAUCAUCUUAUUAUGACUCAGAAGAGGGCUCAGAGUAUGCAGAUAACUACAGAAGUGGCGAAGUUUAUGAGCCAACAUACAGUGAGACGCCAGAAGAGGCGCAGGAGGAGGAAUCGGGGGGUUUCAGCCUGUUUUGA